AUGAUGAACGUGUCGCAGCUUGUUGUCCAGCAGUUUGGAGGAAACAGGCUGGAUCUGGUGUGUCGCAAGUGCGCGGAGAGCGUCAAAAGCAUGCGCCAGUACGACCCGGCCACAACAGAGGACUUUCUGAAGGUGGUGGCCGAUUUCCACGCGUACAAGGCCGCGGGUCCGGGCGAGACAGACAAUUACUUAGCCACGGUCACCAAGGACGACAAGUAUUUAUUGCGGGAGAAGAAGGGCAAGGGCAGAGGCAAGCCGCGCGAGAGAACUCCCAAAGUUGCAAGAGACCCCAAGAAGAAACAGGAGCACAAGACGCCCACGAAACGGGCGGAAAAAGACCUGGGAGCUGUCGAGCCAGGUGUGGCUAGUGAACAGGCCCCAUCAAGGAAACCAGUGAAAAAGCAGACACCCAAGGGUCCGUCCGCUUCGAAGUCUGGGAAGCCUAACAAGGGGGCUCCAGCAGGCAAGGCCAAGUCCCAGUCAAAGUCCAAACCGGAGCCAAAAGGCAAGUCUCAGCAAAAGACCAAAUCAGAGCCAGAAAAUGCUCCAGCCAACGAGGACCAGCAGAAGAAGCGGUCGCAGCGCAUUGGUGAACUGGUGAGCACCACCGCGUCGGAGAUUCCGCUCAAGUUUGAGUCUCUGGACGAGUACUUCCACCAUUUCUGCUACGCUCUGCUUCUGGAGGAGCUGCACGAAACAGAGUAUCUAACCAAAAUCAGCGUCGAGUGGUCAAGGGAGGACCCGUACGGCGAAUUCACAGUGAAGGUGGACCAGAAGGAGGCCGACAAGUACUCGAAGAACGACCCGUUGUCGCACCUCAAGAGCGGGCCGUUCAGUGUGAAUCAGGGCUUUUUCCUGGUUCCGAAAUCUGCUACUGCUCUUUCUGAGGAGACUACGUUCUGGUGUUGCUCUGCCGACUUCUCCAAGCAACUGAAACGACCAGACCGUGUCCAGAUCCAAAUGAAAGCGUAUCCGUGGAACGUGGACCCGAUUCCGGCUGGCUCGAGACCAAACGGCUAUGCUUUGCUACCGUGCGGAGCCGUUGUGUCGCGGAUUAUGCAGGCCAUAUCGAGACUCGAAAACCCGCGUAUUAGAGACAUGCUUCUUGGCCAGAAACCGAUCAAGCAGGUGUUUUUCAAGAACCGGAUCUCGCAGCUCACCAACACGCUGAACGAGUCGCAGACGGUGGCCCUGCAGUUUGCCUUGAACAACGCCAUCACCGUUUUGAAGGGUCCGCCAGGGUCUGGAAAAACGUCCACAAUCUACGAGAUUGUGCUGCAACUAAUGAGCGUUCUGCACUACCAUCCCAUCUUGGUGGUUGCCGCUUCCAACAUCGCCGUGGACAACAUUGCCGAGAAGAUGAUGAAGAACCACAAAGACGACAUCAUCCGAGUGCUCUCGUUUGCUAAAGAGAGCGAGUAUAAAAGAGACCAUCCGUUGGGAAGCAUCUGUCUCCACCACAAGAUCGCCGACAGACUGAGCGCUUCAGCAAAAGACACGGUGCAACUGUUGCGCUCCGGCAAGGCGCACAAAGUGUCGAAGAACCAGUUCCGCAAGUACCUUCAGGAGUCCAAGGAGUUGAGCCAGCUGCUGAUCGGACAGGCCAAGGUGAUUUUCUCCACCACGGUGGCCAUUGGCGGGCCGUACCUGAAAGACCUGGCCCAGUUGCCGGUGGUGAUUGUGGACGAGGCAACGCAGUCGUCGGAGCCCAGCUCGUUGAUCCCGCUGGCUGCUCCCAACAUCCAGAAGGUGAUCUUUGUUGGAGACGAGGCUCAGUUAAGUGCGUUUACUAGAGUCAAGUCGCUGGAGGUGUCGCUGUUUGAGCGGGUGCUGCGCAACGGCACGUUCGAGAAGCCGCUCAUGUUCGACACGCAGUACAGAAUGCACCCGGAGAUCAGCGAGUUCCCGCGGAAGGAGUUCUACGACGACAAGUUGCAGGACGGUAUCACGGCGGAGUCGCGCGCGGUGGCUGGAAUCCAGUACCCGGUGUAUUUCUGGGAUCACCAGGGCCAGGCGCGCGAAAGCCGGGUGUUUGCACGCCACGGUGAUGAGGGCGGGUACACGUUCGUGAACCGGGGCGAGGUGGACCUUGUUUCGCGCGUGGUGGAGAAGCUGAUUGUCGACAAGCAGGUGGACCCGUCGCGCAUUGGCGUGAUCACCCCUUACGCGGGCCAGAGAGACCUGCUUUCCAAGAGCUUCGAGGAAAAUCUCGUGAUCAACCCGAAACACGAGGCCGUCGAGGUCCAGGUCGACAAGGAGGACGUUGAGACCGACUCCAAGGCCGUCACUGUGCACCAGAUCAACGGCAUUCUUGUUGCGUCGAUCGACGCUUUUCAGGGUCGCGAGACAGACUUUGUGGUGAUGUCGUGCGUUCGGUCGAACGAGGAUAAGGGUAUUGGGUUCCUGCGGGACCGCAGACGGCUGAACGUUGCGCUGACCCGGGCGCGGUGCAGUUUGUUGCUUGUUGGCGACGUCAAGUGUCUGAAAACCGACGACCUGUGGAAACGCUACAUUGAAACGUUGGAAAAGAAAGACUACGUCCACACAGAGCUGGUGUACUGA